GAGUUGCCAUAAAAAAAAAAGGGACGUUUCAGGACUUUUUGGGCGAGUUUUCAUGGGUAAUUGUUUUAGACAUUUUAUUUGACCUGGCAACCCUGCGUAGUAUGUUACUUUACCUGUGUGCAGGUAGCCAACGUCGCAUCGGAAAAAGAGCUUUCGACUCCUUGUUCGCUUGCGUAGUUAGGCUAAAUCUAUGUGGUCUGAUUUAGUAGGCUAUAUGGAAGGUUGUCGCCCAUAAUUUUGUUUCUCCUUUGAAACAUUCCCGGGUCGUUCCAGAGGGAAUGAUAACUGGAACGUGCACUUUCACUUUUACUUACUAGCCUACUGAAAUGUAAAACUCGGAAAGAAGGAAAUGGCAGUCUACUUUUUUGGGAAAGUUAUCAUACCGUUUUUGGCUUAUUUUUUUGUGGAGGUGACAGGAGAACAGCAGUAUGGUGGCCUGGGAGGAGAGAUCACCCUGACCCCCAAGGUCUCAGGACAGCCUGAGGACAUCCUGUGGAAACACAAUGGAAACAAGGUGGUGGAGUUUGAUGGGAGCCAGAAUGUGGAGUAUGGCAGGUAUAAAGGCAGGACCGUCCUGGACUGGGACUCUGGAGAGCUAUCUAUCAAAGGUCUCACUGAUGCAGACAGUGGGCCCUAUGAGUUAGAGGCUGUCAUCAACGGCAAGCUGCAGUACUCACAACAUGAGGUGGACGUUAUUGAUGAUGUGGCACAGCCCAGCGUUACCUGUGUGGUCAGCAUCACAACCCCAGAGAAAAUGGACAGAACCCUGCUGUGCUCAGCUGACCUUCAGCCCCUGACCAAGUUCAUCUGGAGGAGUCCUGGAGGGUCAGUAAGUCCAGGACCUGAACUGUUCAUAGCUGGGGGGGAGAACCAGGAGUCUGUCUACACAUGUGUGGUGAAAAACCCUGUUAGUGAGAAAACUGCAGAGUUCACCCUGAAGGACUGCUAUGCUGAGGAAGGCUCAUCCAGUGUCCUGGCUGUGAUCCUGUCCAUCAUCAUCAUCCUCCUCAUCUUAGUUACCGUUCUGGUAUUAUUGUGGCGCUGGAGGAAAGGCAAGAAACUGGCUGAAGCUGCACUGAGAAAAUCUGAAGAGGAGGCGCGGCUGAUGAAAGUUACAGUACAAGGAAACCAAGAUCCUGAAGAUGACCAUUCUGAGAACACUGGAAAUACAACUUAUACACAAAAAGGACAUGUGAAGGAGGUGAUAGAGCUGUUUAACAAGCAGGAUGCAGAUGCAAACAGUAAACAGCACACCGCACCAACUGGAAGGAUUUUGUCUCCAACAAAAAGUGGGGGUCACAUCCCAUUGGACAGACAGAAUGACAGGCUCUCAGACAAACAGACAGAGACAGAGCCAGUACAGGACAAACCCACCCCGGCCCAACCAGACCUAGUCACACCAGACCCCACCCUGGCCCAACCAGACCCAGUCACACCAGACCCCACCCUGGCCCAACCAGACCCAGUCACACCAGACCCCACUCUGGCCCAACCAGACCCAGUCACACCAGUGCCCACUCUGGCCCAACCAGACCCAGUCACACCAGUGCCCACUCUGGCCCAACCAGACCCAGUCACACCAGACCCCACCCCGGCCCAACCAGACCUAAUCACACUAGACCCCACCCUGGCCCAACCAGACACAACAGUUACCAUUCUGGGCCAACCAGACCCAGGCACAUCAGAGUCUACCCUAGCCCAACCAGACCCAAGCAUACCAGAACCCAAAGAAGCCCAGCUAGGUCCGGACACACCAGAACCCAACCAGGAAACAGGAGUGUCGGAGACAAAGCCAGUCCAGGACAGGCCUGGGAACAAGGACAGCACUCCACUCUUGAACAACUCAGACGCCAUGUUCCUCCUCAGCACAGACACACAUGUUGCUCUGGACCACAAUGGUGGGACAUCAAACAUCCAUGAGCCUCAAGGCCUACAGAGAGACCAAGAGGGAGAUGGAAAACCUUUGGCAGAGUCAGAAAGUGGUGUUGGUGAGGAGGACAUGAACCUAUCAAGAACCAACUCUGACAACUCUUCCUUCCAAAGUGCCAACGAGAACAAUGAUGAUGAUGAUGGUGGGGAUAAAGAGAAGUCUCUCCAAGCACAGGACCACAACAAUAAACCACCCAAUCAGGAGAGAAAAUCAGCUUUGCAGCACAUUGACACGACAGGGCAGGCCCAGAUACCACCACCAUCACCAGAGUCCAGCAAGACCCAACUACACCAACCCACACCAAAGCCUUCUCCAGCCCAACCAGACCAAAUCACGACAGAGACAGCUCUAGCUCAAACAUGCCCUAUCACAACAGAGUCAGCUCCAGGCCAAAAAGACCCAAUAACAAGAGAGACACCUCCAGGCCAAACGGACUCAGCAGGCACAACAGAUCCCGCCACGGCCCAAACAGACCCAGGCACAACAAAACCGGAAGAAGCUCAGCUAGGCAUAAACACACCAACACCCAAAGGGGCUCCACUAAAUGCAGAAACAGAAAAACCCAACCAGGACAUAGGAGAGCACAAGAAGGCCCAGAUAGACCUGGACACACCAGGUCUUAAACAGGAGAAUAAACUAGACCAAGAAUCAGACGAGCCCCAAGAGGAGAUCCUGCCAGACCUGUACACGGGAGAUGGCAAACACGAGAGCGAGUCAGGCACUGAAGCAGAGACACCUGAGCAGGUGAAGCUUGCUGAGAGCCUGGAGGAGAAGACAUCCCAGAGAUCUACAACUGCUACUGGGGGAGAAGGGGAUAUGGCGGAGCACAGAGUGCAGGAUACAGAGACAGGCAGAGAGAAAGUGGAACAGGUUAGACAGGUGGAUGCAAAGACCAAGGUGGACGUUAGGAAGGAUGGAGAGACAAACCACAACCAAAGGGAUUGGAAAGAGGGAAAGCAGAAGGUGGAACUGGACAAAAAGAAAUAGGGAGAGGAGCUUGGGGCAAUUGUUGGAGAGAUGGACAAACAGAUAGAAGACAAAGAUAAAGAUGUGGAGGAGAUACAGAGAUGGAUAGAGAGAAUAGAGGAGAGGGGGAAUGAUGCAAACCCAGAGAUAAAGAAAGGACAGUACACAGCAGACCACAAAGACAAGAACCAGACAAAUCAACACACAGGAGGACAACCAGGAUACCCAGUCAGGGGAACCAGCCAGGGGAGUAGAGACAGAAUAAUGAUGUGGAAGAAUAAGGGAAAGGGCAAAGAGGAAGUAAUAAAGA